AUGGGCAACGAUGCCAGAGCCCUCUACUACCUGCUGGAGAGCGCGGCUGCCUGCUUGCACGUCUCCGACAACUACCUGGCCUUCACGAGCCUGCGCAAAGCAGAGGCCCUGAGGAGCUCGGCGGCUCAGAAAGCCCCGGUGCCGGCCUUCUUUGAAGAAGCCACCUUCCUGAGCCUGCAAGGGGAGGUGUGCUACAACGUGGGACGCGUGGAGCUGGCCAAGACGACCCUCAGGAAGGCGCUGAGCCUGCUGGGCCGGAAAUUCCCGGGCACCUCGGCUGGCGCCUUCUUUCAGCUCCUGCUGGAGCAGUCGGCGCACGCCUCUCACCAGAAGAGCAGAGGCUCCUGCCCUCCCGCAGAGGCGGGGACGGAGAGGCUGCCCUGGCUGUUCCAGCAGAGCCGCUGCCUUUCCUUGCUGCGGCAGCUCUUCAGCCUGGAGAACACUUCCAGCGGCCGGAGGCUCUCGCUCCUCGCAGCGCUCAUGAGGGUCAACGCGGCCGAGGAGUCCGAGGACGCGAGUCACAUCCUCGCGUCCUACCUGGAAUAUGUGCAGUGCUGCCAGGAGCUGGGCCGCCAGGAAGAGCGGAUGGAGAGCGGGCGGUGCACGGAGCUGGAGAAGCCCGACCUGGACCGGGAGCUUCCAGGCACGCUCUUCACGGCGCUCUUUCUCCAGAUGAGCGCGGGGAUUGGUCCGGGCGUGGAGGAAGUGACGACUGGGCGGGGCGGGGCCGGCGCCGGGUUCAAAGGGCGGCGGCGGUUGGCGGCGGCGGUUGGCGGCGCCGCCGUGGAGGUGCUGACGUUCCGGCGCUGCAGCCCCGCCGACAUCGCUACCUGCCUCCGCGGCCGCGUCCGGGCCGGCUGCGAAGCCCGCAGCCUGGCCAAGGGCGACCUGUUCCCCGGCCCGAAGCCUGAAGUCUCGCACGUGAUUUUCAUGAGAAUCCUGCAGAAGGUGUACGGGAUCUGCCUGGAGCAUUUCUACAUGGUUUGCGUGCAAUGUCCUGGCUCGCGUGGGGCAGAUAAUAAAUGUUGGCCGUAGAGAUGAAAUGUUGAAGCGUUGCUCUCCUUUGCGUGUCGUGAGGUCAGGAGGACGCCGCCAGGAAGGUACGGU